CUACCUCCACAGAGGGAGGAGUUACUGCGCCCGGUUACUCACUGGCCUCAACCUGCUUGGUCCCUUGAAGGAGGACGGACGGAGGCAGCCAGGGAGGGGUAGCCAGCGACCUCAUCACCAUACAAAGCAGUGGACCGUCUAUUUAUCAAUCAAACCGCACAGAUAUCGGCUCCAUCACCAGACUUACGCGCCGCUUCAAACAGCAUAGUAGCUGUUGGUUUGAACGUCGACGGGGGCGAGGAAGCGUACUUUUGAUGGCUUUUGAUUCGGAAGCCUCGACGGAGCUUCGUGGCUCGGGGAGGAGACAUUACGACGCGAGGGAGCUAACGUUAGCUCGCUAACAAGCUGCCUGGCAUGGCUGCCUAACCAGCUGCCAAAGAUCCCUCUUGAUGGAUUCCAAAGGACAACGAAAGGAAAAACACAAUCAGUGAGCGCAGCCAAUAACAACAGAAUCUGACCCAAAGCGUAUCAUCUGACUGACUUCAGUGCAUGUGGCCUCUUAAGUCAUUCAUGGACAUCUGCUAGGCAGCUCAAGGGCCUACUGCUAUGCACUAUAAAAUGGGAGACAUGAGCGGUAGUGAGGCUGGGAGUUCCAGGCUUUCAAGUAGGACUAUCUCAUUGGUAAUUGGGCUUCUGGUAGCCAUGGCCCUUGGUGCUGCCCCAGAACAUCAAGACGGACAGGUGGAUAUAUUCACCAUGGAACUGGAGGCUUCUAUGCAGUCGUCCAUGCUCUCUGAGCUCCGGUCUGCUUCUGCAGCCAUGGCUACCCCAGAGUCCUCUGUAAACGAUGAGGGUGUACAGACUGGCAUCCCAGACUCCUCAGCCAUUGUGGGCCAGUUGUUUCAACUAAGGAUUCCAUUGUUACCUGACAAUGCCAGCUGUAAUAUUCAUCUUACUGAAAUGGGACAGCCGACACUACCACAGUGGCUUUAUUGGGACAAAAAGAGCUGCAUCCUGAGAGGCUUGGCCCUGGAGCAAGAUAAAGGUGUGUAUCAUAUCUCUGUGUCUGGGCAAGACACACAUGAGAAGUCUGGCAGCCGAGAGUAUCCCAGUACGGUCUUUUCAAUUGAAGUAUACCCAGAGGAACGAGCAGACACUGAACCAUCCCUGCUCGCUCUACAGUCUGAUGUCAGUGGCCUACAGCCUUUCACUUGUGGCCCUGAGGAGCCUGUCACAGUCCUUACCGUCAUACUUGAUGCUGACUUGACAAAGAUGGUUGCUGAGCAGAGGGUGACUUUACUGACUGUUAUGAGAAGAUUUUCACAUGUACCGGUUGAGCAUAUGAGGGUUGUCCCUGUUGUCAACAACCGCUUAUUUGACAUGUCUGCUUUCAUGGCGGGACCAGGGAAUGCCAAGAAAGUUGUUGAGAAUGGAGUUCUGCUCUCAUGGAAACUUGGAUGUGCCCUUGACCAAGGCAAUAUCCCUGACAUCGGCAUUGUACAGUCUUCUGCAAAGGAUGGAACCAUGUCAGCCAAGUUGGCUUUUCCUGUGGUUGGUUGGCACAUUGUCAACAAGAAGCCUCAUGCAGUGAAACGUGUCAAACGACAGUUGUACAACACUCCCACUCCAGUACCCUCCUUGCUCCCUCCUACUACUUACCCAGAACCCCCUGUGCGCAUUGUCCCCAGCCCGACUUCACCCUCAAUUGCCCCUGCGACGGACAUCUCUGCGCCCCCUGUCCGGGGUCCUUUACCACUUCCCGUGAAGCCUACUAUGAGAGUCAGAGAUCAGAUAGCCCACACACCUGUUCUUGGCCCCCCCCAGCCCACCAGGGUAUUGGGGUCGACGAGCACAAUCCUCAUCCAACCUACAAUGACCAGACCUACAUUUGUGGAAGCUACUGCUUCACCGACACUACCAAACACCACCAAAAAACCAAAACCUUCGGGCACAAGAAAGCCUAAGAAGCCUAAAACAUCGACCCCAUCUCCCCGGGAACCCAAAUCCACCACGGCAAAACCACCUAAACGCACCACGCCACUCUCCUUGGCUCCAGACCUCAAUAAUAUGCCCGAGAUACGCAACCCAAUCGACCAGGUAAAUGCGUGGGUAGGUACGUACUUUGAGUUAAAAAUUCCUCCCGAUACAUUCUUUGACAAAGAGGAUGGCACAACUGACAAGCUACGUUUGACUUUGAAGCACCCUCCCAGAGAGGCAGUCAGUGAAACAUCCUGGAUUCAGUUCAACAGCACCAUCCAGCUUUUGUAUGGACUUCCUGAGGAACAACACAAAGGCAAACACGAGUACUUUAUGUUGGCUACUGAUAAAGGUGGGAAGAGUGUCAUGGAUGCAUUUGAGGUUCAAGUCAACAACUGGUCAACUAAUGAUAAACCUUCAGUCGUUUUCGCUGCCCGUUUUCAAGGUGACCCUAAAACCCUUAGUGGUGAUGUCCAUAAAAAGAUUCUUUUGACUAAAAAGUUGGCUUAUGCUUUUGGCGAUCGCAAUAGCAGCACAGUGACUCUACAAAGCAUCACUAAGGGCUCCAUUGUGGUAGAAUGGACCAAUAAUAGUUUGCAGCAGGGUUCUUGCCCUAAGGAGCAGAUUACAGCUCUCAGCAGCAGGAUUGCCAAUCCGCAAGGUACGCCUAAACAAGCUUUCAUCAAAGCCAUGGAGCCCGAGUUUAAACCUAUUAACAUUUCUGUUCGUGGCACGAAUAAAUGUAAAAGCUUCACUUUCAUUCCACCGGGAGAAGUUGCGCCAAUUCCCGACCUUCCAACUGCUACACCUUCCCCCGGGACUGGUCGUAGAAGCAGUGAUGACGUCUAUCUGCACACGGUCAUCCCUGCAGUCGUGGUCGCCGCCCUCCUCUUAAUUGCUGGCAUCAUCGCCAUGGUGUGCUACCGCAAGAAACGCAGAGGGAAGAUGACCAUGGAAGAACAGGCCACUUUCAUCAAAAAAGGAGUCCCCAUAAUAUUUGCAGAUGAGCUGGAUGAUUCCAAGUCCCCACCAUCUUCCAGCAUCCCUCUCAUCCUUCAGGAGGAAAAGCCCCCACUUCCGCCCCCCGAGUACCCCAACAUGGCGGGUCCCCAUAGCACCCUUUUGAACCAGGACUUGUUGGAAGAGUAUUCGGUUUACCAAGAUGACGAUCCCAACGCGCCUCCUUACCAGCCACCACCACCUUUCACCGUCCCCAUUGAAGGCAAAGGCUCUCGCCCCAAGAACAUGACCUCCUACAGGUCACCACCCCCCUACGUGCCUCCCUAACGCUCACCGAAGCGUUCAGUUUGGAAUUCAGGUGCACUGUAGGGAUGCUUGUUGAGAACUACAACAGACAUAACUUGAAAUGGAUUUCAAUUAAAUACAGGCAACCAUAAGUAUAUUUUGACCAUCACGGAUAAGAUAUUUCAGUGUUCUACUACUGAAACAGGCAAAAUAGAUGAAGAACCUGUUGAACCAUUACUCUUCUCUAUCGCUCUUUCGUUUUAUUCUUCAGAUCCGUUUUUGACUCUUUCAAAUGGUUUGUCUGUUUUGCUGAGAAAAGAGACAGUUUUAUCUUCAAUGAUGUACUAUUUCUAUUGUAUAGAAAAUAUUAGAUCAGGAGAGACUGUAGCCCACCGGGCCUUUCGGCAGACCUGAGGCUUUCCACUGACGUGUUACUUGAGAGCUCUUAUCACUUGUCUGUCCUUGGUUUGGUUUGUGACUAUUUUUGAGGGGAAUUUAACACCACAAUCCAAACUAAAAGUGUAAACGCAUUAAAUUAAAAAAGAAAAAAAUCAUUAAUUUCAUUCAUACUUUGCUUCUUGACAGUAUGUGCUUGUUAAAUUGUGGACCAGCCAUCUCAGUCAUAAUUGACCACUUACAUCAAAUUUGAAACAAAUUGUAUUUCUAAUGAAAUUUCGAAUUUAGUAACAAAGCAAUUAGGAUUUUUUAUUUUUACAUUAUUUCUGUGCCACUGAACUUUCCGUCUGAGAUGUUUUGUGUUGUUGCUAUGGUAAAGGCGGGAGGGAGGCUGCCAGGUCAACAAUGAAGGUGGCCAUUGGAAUGCGGCUUCACUGCAGGGCGACAUUCGUGCACAUGAAACACUCCAUAGAAGAAGUAUGGCUCGCUUAGCAAUCCCAUUACAACUAAAUACCAAAUUUUGUUGUUUUUGGGCAUUUAAAAAAAAAAUAUAUGAAAGAAUUCAUCCAUUUAAAGAGUUGCGUCACACAUGAUUUAGAAAUGCGGUACAAAAAACAACUAAAGUUCAGAAGUAUAUGAAAUUCUAACAGAAUGUGUUUGUGCCAACAUUGGAGUGUUGCUUGUUUAGAUGUCGACCCUCCACAGAGAGGAUGAUUCACGGUUGAGUUUAUUGUGUGAAUCGUGAUAAAGUGGACUUUAGAGCACAGUGUGGAGUCACAGCUUGCAUUCUGUUGGUCUGAUGAGUAGAGGGCGCUACAGUGCUCUGCUUUGGAUCCUGGUGCCGCACAUGGAGCUGUAAAUAAUUGUGUGCCAGUGAAAUUCAAAUAUGUUCAUGUUUUACCAGUCAACCUAGUUGGGAACAGAAAGGCCACAGUGGGAACUGAUUUUAUUUUUUAAUUGUAUGCUUAGAUUUAUGAUCACCAUCAUGAUGAUAAACUUUAUAGUGUGCAAAAAUGUUUACCUGCCCAUCACAAAGAAAUAGUAUCAUCUGAAUAUGAUCGCAACAAUAAAAUAUGUGAAUUAUUUACAUUUCAUACCUGAUAGCACCAUUAGAAAAAAUGUAAACAAAAAAAAUCUAAUGUUUUUACUGAGUUUUUGAUACAGUCUUAAACUUGUUUUAUGAAGGUAUAUUAAUAAAAUGUAAUACAAUUUGUAAAGCCUCAAAAUUGUCUUGUCACUUUUUGUG